AUGGACGGGAAUAAACUUGCGAUUCCCGGUAAUAUAAGGCUAGCGGACCCCGCAUUCUACGAAAGUGCGAAUAUCGACGUGUUAUUGGGAAUAGAGGUCUAUCUAGAGAUCUUAUGUACGGGCCAAAUAAAGGCAACGCGUUCGCAUCCAACGCUGCAAAAAACGCAGUUGGGAUGGGUGGUAGGCGGCUGUUUACGUGAUGUAAAGGGCAGCCCCAAAGAGGUAGCAUGUAACAUCGCUACGCAAGUACAGGAUGUUGACCAGUUGGUGUCGCGGUUUUGGGAACUGGAUAACGUCGCGGAUGUUCACCCGUUAACAGAGCAGGAACGGUACUGCGAAGAGCAUUUCAAGGGAACGUACAGACGUGACGCGGACGGUCGAUUCGUGGUACGCCUCCCUAUCAUAGAAGAAAAGAUAGUAAGUCUCCAGGAUAAUAGGUACGCGGCGUUGAAUCGGUUUUUCUCCCUAGAGCGCAAGUUAGCUAAAAAUCCAACAUUGCGAGAUGCGUAUUCAAGCUUUAUAAAAGAAUACCGGGACUUAGAGCACUUGCGGAUGUUACCAGAGGAUAAAGCAACUCCGCUAGGUACUUACUACAUACCACAUCAUGCAAUUUUAAACGAGAAAAGUGCAACGACCAAGUUGCGUGAGGUUAGCCUACAGAAGAUAUUCUGGCGUGAUGAUGUGCGAAACCCAGUGAGCACGUGUGAGCUACUAACUCUAACGUACGGUACGGCGUCGGCGUCAUUUUUGGCUACGCGGUGUCUAAAAGAGAUAGCGGAUUUGGAGGAGGGAAAUCAUCCGAUAGGCGCUCAAGUCAUACGACGCGAUUUUUAUGUGGACGACUUGCUGACCGGAGCAGAUUCGAUUGCGGAGGUUAGAGAAAUACGCGAUCAGGUAGACCAGGUAUUAGCCAAAGCAGGGUUUAAAUUACAUAAAUGGGCGGCUAACUCGAGGAAAACAUUACCGCACAUUCCCGAAAAGGUCGAUUCAAAGCAAAUACUGAAUCUAAAUAAGGAAGGCGAUAUAAGGGCGUUGGGCGUCUUGUGGGAUCCCAGCGAUGACUCAUUUCAGUAUUCCGUUCCGAUAGCGGCGCCAGUGCAACGAAUCACGAAAAGGGUCAUAUUGGCAUCGGUUGCUAAGGUAUUCGAUCCGUUGGGAUUAAUUGGGCCAGUCACCGUAACAGGGAAGGUUAUCAUACAAAGACUAUGGCAAAGGAGCAUACAUUGGGACGAAUCCAUACCAAUGGAUUUAGAGACAGCAUGGUUGCAUUACGCGAAACAACUCCCAGUGCUAAAUGACAUAAGGGUCGAACGGAAAACUAUUUGUAAAAACGCGAAGGAAAUAGAGAUGCACGGAUUCGCGGACGCAUCCGAAACGGCGUAUGGGGCCUGCAUCUAUAUAGUUUCGAAGGACGGGCGCGGAAACGGGAGCAGCAACUUAUUGUGUGCGCGCUCGAGAGUAGCACCGUUAAAGGCGGUAUCGCUACCGCGAUUGGAGUUGUGCGCUACCGUAUUGCUCGCGAGGAUGAUGAACAAGCUGAGGACGAGCAUGCGCAUAGAAUUCAGGAAAAUAUGUUGCUGGUCAGACUCCACCAUAGCAUUGGCAUGGAUAAGGUCACCAUCGCGAAAUUGGACCACGUUUGUGGCCAAUCGCGUGGCGGAAAUUCAGGAGAGAAUACCAAACGCGAAGUGGGGACAUGUGCCUUCCGCCGAAAAUCCAGCGGAUUUCAUAUCGAGGGGGGUAACCCCAACAGAACUGUUAAGUCUGGAUCUAUGGUGGCACGGGCCAGGAAUGGUCUUCGGGAACGCGACGGAUACAGCUCCAGAAGUCCCACUCGAAGAAUUGCCAGAACGUCAAAAUACGAAUGUCACGUGCACGAUCGCGAUGAUAGGCCGCGACCAGAGGUCGCGAGAGUUUUGCGAUCGUAUAUUCAAUAAAUAUUCACAAUUCACCCGACUAGUGCGGGUAAUAGCAUACUGCGACAGGUUUUGCAGAAACACGCGGCGUGCACAAACCAAGGACAUCGGUCCGUUAACGGUGGCUGAAAUCGCGCAAGCCAGGGAGCGUUUAAUAAAGCUGUGUCAAGCGCAAGAGUUCGGCGAGGAAAUAAGGGCAAUAACAAAAAACCCAAAGAUUAUUGUACAUGCAAAGGCAAAAAUUAGCGAUCAACUAAGCGUUGAGGGAGUGGCCUGGCAUUACAUUCCGCCAGGUGCUCCAAAUUUCGGUGGCUUGUGGGAAGCGGCAGUGAAGGCUGCGAAAUAUCACCUGAGGCGCGUGGUAGGGAAUACUUCAUUAACGUUCGAAGAGUUAAGUACCGUACAACGUACAUUUGGUUCUGCGAGUCGGAUCAAUCGUACAUAA